GGUGCGGCCGCGGCUCGUGAGGCUGCCUCAGCCUGGCGUGUGCACCGGGUCGCGCCGUUCUGGGCGCGAGCGCGGGCGGUGCUGGCCGCUGCAGGUGACACCGGCGCGGUGAGGGCCGCCGCGGCCCUGUGGAGAAUCUCAGAAGUGCUACAGACACCCAGUCCUCACCGUGUCAGGUGAUUCUUCACACCAAGGAUCACAGAAAGAGGACACCUAUGGUUUGACCUUCGUUUUGCAGAUGAGGAACCUGAGACACGGAUUAUCUGAACUAGACAAUAUCUUAACCAAGAUAUAAAGUUGGACAGUUUGACUUCAGAAUCUAUACUUGUAACUCGUACAUUGUACUGGGCCUUCAGUAAGCUCUAAAAGAUGAGUCGUGGAUAUCCAGAAAACAAUAAUUUCCUGAAUAAUAAUAACCAAAUGGUAUUGGAUAUGAUCCUUUAUCCAUUGAUUGGAAUCCCUCAGACCAUCAACUGGGAAACUGUGGCAAGGCUUGUGCCUGGAUUAACGCCCAAAGAGUGUGUGAAAAGGUUUGAUGAGCUAAAGAGCUGUGGAAGUUCACCUGUUGACAACCAGUAUAACCCUUUAAUGGCUACUGGAGAGGGUCCUGUUGAAACUUUAGCCACUUAUAUUAAAUCUUCACUUCUGGACACACAAGGAGAUUUUCAAGAGACUCCUACUGAUCAAGAUACAGUUUCUAAAGCAGGAAGACAUAGUAUAGCUACCACAAGGAAUUGCUCUUCAGAAAGUGAAAACUGUACUGCUCGUAAUGCUGGAGAAGAGACUGGAGAACCUGAAGGGCCAAACAUGGUGAUCCAUGUAUGUGAUGAAGCAAAAAGCUUGAAAGAAGAUUUUAUUUGCCCACGAGAUCUUUUGAUAUCAGAAAUGAAGUACUUUGCUGAAUAUUUAUCCAUGGAUGCGCAGCGCUGGGAAGAAGUGGACAUUUCAGUUCAUUGUGAUGUUCACAUUUUCAACUGGCUGAUAAAAUAUGUUAAGAGGAACACUAAGGAGAGUAAAGAUUGUGAGAUUCCCGCUUUAGAGCCGGGAAAUGUCAUUUCAAUCCUUAUUUCGUCAGAGUUCUUGAAGAUGGAUUCAUUAGUUGAACAAUGUAUUCAAUAUUGCCAUAAAAAUAUGAAUGCCAUAGUAGCUGCUCCAUGCAACAUGAACUGUAUCAAUGCAAACCUUCUUACACGCAUAGCUGAUCUGUUCACACACAAUGAAAUUGAUGACUUAAAAGACAAAAAAGAUAAGUUUAGGAGUAAACUGUUUUGUAAGAAGAUUGAAAGACUGUUUGACCCUGAACACUCCAAUCCAGAUUCCCGAAACAAUGCAGCAACACUCUAUCGAUGCUGUUUGUGUAAGAAACUUUUAACCAGAGAAACAGAAAGAAGAAUUCCUUGCAUCCCUGGAAAAAUCAAUGUGGACCGACAUGGAAAUAUUAUCUAUAUCCACAUAAGAGAUAAAACCUGGGAUGUACAUGAAUAUUUGAAUAGUCUUUUUGAAGAAUUAAAAUCUUGGAGAGAUGUUUAUUGGCGUUUGUGGGGCACAAUCAACUGGCUGACUUGUUCAAGGUGUUACCAGGGCUGUAAAGUGAGGGAUCACAUGGUUCUUCUUCAUGAUCAAGGAGAAAAUGAUGAUUUGCUUUCUUGUCCAGCUGCUAAGAUACUGGAUGAUCUGCACAAGCACAAAGACGUCAUUGUUGUACCUUUUUUAAAGGAUGCGGUUAGUGAUCCUGGGGUUGGCUCCUGUGAUGAAAAAGGCCUGGAAUAUGAAAUUUUACUGGAACCAAAUACGCCGUGGGGCUCCAAAACUGGGGAGCUCAAUGCAUUCUUGUCACUGAAAAACUGGACUCUGCAGUUGAAACAGCAGUCAUUGUUCUCAGAAGAGGAGGAGUAUACCACUGGGUCUGAGGUCACUGAAGAUGAAGUUGGUGAUGAAGAAGAAAUCGCCAAGAAACAAAGGAAAAAGGAGAAACCAAAGAAAUUUACUAAGCCACCAAAAAAACAACUGUCCUCACCCUGUUCUCAAAAGAAAGAGAAGACACUGGAGAAGUCAACUUCUAGAGAUGUGUCUCCUUUUGUUGUGAGUAUGCAGAAGAAUAAAUGGGAUGCCUCGAGAUCCUUGAGAUUCAACCAAGAUGCACAAAGAGAAGAUGAUCAGCGGCGGAUGUCUGAAAUUACAGGGCAUCUAAUAAAAAUGAGAUUGGGUGAUCUGGACCGAGUCAAGGCAAAGGAAUCGAAAGAAUUUGCAGGAGGUAUUUAUUCUAGGCUUGAAGCACAAGUCAGAGCCUCGGUUCCUGUCACUGCCCGGCAGAACAGCUCAGACAAAAGCCAGAGGUCUAAAAGUCGUUUUGGUCAAGGGCGUCCUGCAUAAAGCACCCUAAAUAUAAAAAGAGAGAAGGGACACUCUGGACAUCUGAAAUGCUCACUUCUUGAAGAUCUUCAAACAGUGACUGCUAGGUGCUCUAUGAGUUAUUCCUGCAGACCACAUAAAUCAUGCUACAGUGACUGCUAGGUGUUCUAUUAGUUAUCCCUGCAAACCACAAAAAUCAUGCUUACACAAAUAUAUAGUUAGGUUUUGUUAAAAUCUUAACUAUAUAUAUAAAUUUUUAUAUAAAUUUCUCUUUGUAUAAUUCUAGGCUGUGUAGAAGAUAAUUGCAAACUUUACAUAGUUAAGACUUCUAAUAUUUGUUGCCUUUUAUUUAUUUGACAAAGAAGAGGCCUAACUUGACAAGUAACUAAGUUGGUAAGAGCCUAAGAAAUUAACGGAAUGACUAGUAGUGUUACUAUGCAUGGGCACUGAUCAUUGUAUGUUUGGGGACUGUUGAAUCUUAGGCAUAGCAUUGAGAAAUGAAUUGUGUAUGAUGAACUGUCCAGUGAUGUUAAAUUUAGUUUGCAUGGAUAUUAAGGAGUGACAGAUCUCGAAGCUGUAUUAAUAGAAUGUCAAGGCAAGUUUAUUUCAAUACCAUGUUGGUCAAGAAGGGUUAAUCUUUUUCAGUAGUAUUACAUGGAAGGUACAAUGUUAUUCAACUUCUGUUUCUUUCAGUUUUUCAUGCUUAUCUGUAAAUCAUGUGAGCCUAAAAUCUGGUCCUUGCCUCUCUCCUGGAUGAAGCUCGUGGCAUUCUGACUCUAAAGCAGUGUGUGAUGGGUUUCAGGUAGUGAGUCAUUUCAGUUGUGUCGCACAGUCAGGCGCAGGCUUCGCAGGCCCAUCCAUUCUCUAAGUCUACUUCAGCACCUUCACAGCAUAUAAUUGCUCGUUACGAAGAGAUGCCGUAAAGUUCCCAGGUAGAGGAGAUGGCUGGAGAUUUCAGAUAUUCAAAUCAAACUAUUUUAUAGAUCAUGUUUUAAUUUUUUUUCUAACAAGGUAGAUAGCAUACUCAGGGAAAUUUUGUUCCAGACUGUAAGCAUGUACUAAGUUAUGUGUUUGGAAAUUGUUUAUAGGUCUCUGAGAACCAUGAGAUGCACACUGUUUCUAUGUUUAGUUUUUCUCUGCUUUGUGAUUGAUGUCUUCAAAUUAUUCAGAGAAUAAAUUUUGAUAAUGUAACAGAACAGCAAUUGUAAAAGAAAAAUUCAAGUCUUACACCUAGUUUACACAAAAAGAAAUUAUAAUUUUUAGUAUCUUUUAGUUGCCAUAUGAAGCUCUUAAUUAUUUGAUAAUUAUGCUUUUAAUAUCUAUUUGGAAAUUUUAUUCUGGUAUACAGAUGCUUUUCAGUUAUCUGAUACUUUGGAAAUAGCUUAUAUCCUAUUUAUUUUCAAGAAAGUAUUUCUUUGUAUGUGAUAUGUAAGUCCCACGAGUACCAGUCUUAUAGUUGGCUCCUGGAUGCUCUGAUAGAAGGAUUUGGAUUUAUAUGUGUAAGCGAUCUGUGAUCAUUGUAACUAGAAGGGAAUAUGCUCUUUUGAUUUUCACAGAUGUAGAAGUGCUCAUUGCUUCUCCCCAGAGGGGGCUGAUUUACUGAUUGAUGUUAACAGACUUUAUUGAAAUCUGAUUCUAUACAGAAUGUGCUUUUUAUUUUAUAUCUGUGAUACAUGGACAGGCAUUUCUUCUGCCAAGUACUUUAAGGUUUUCCUUACAUUAAUUCUGAGUUCAAACUUAUUGAAAUAAAUGGCAAUGACAAAAAUUGUGGAGAAAGUCCAUUGAUCUGACUCGUUCUGCUGUCUGAGGAGACUGGAGUACUCUGUAUUCUACAUAAUUCCCUGGAAAAUUAGCUGUGAAAACCUUAGGUUUUAAGAUUAUUUGAGUGUGGCAGCACACCCCAUCACUCUGGAAACUGAAGUAGGAAAAUCCUCCAUUCAAGACCCUGCCUCAGAACAUUUAGCAAAUCAUUUAAGGGUUGAAAUACUACAGCAGACAGACAUAUAGCUCAGUAGUAGUUCUACAGCAGACCAGGCGUAUAGCUCAAUAGUAGUGCACUUGCCUCGGGUGCACAGUAGCCUGGCUUUGAUCCCCACUCACACUGUUGUGAGUGGAGAUGCCACAGGGAAGCUGCACAGUUGCCCAGCAGCAUAUGUGCUGCCUUUCUCUGCAGUGCUCAGGCAGGGAUUGUGAGGUAGUUAAUUGU